AUGUUCGAUACCAUUUAUGAAGAUGGCAUGUGUCCAUCCGGACAGCAACCCUAUGCCAGACAGGCUUCUGCCAAGUUGGAAAGGUCAGACCAGAUAGUGAACGAUCCAGCACAUCGAAGCGCAAAUCUCUCGACUGCUAGCGACUCGACCGCACAGCGUGGCAAGUUCAUCUCUGGCAACCAGAGGGUUAUGGCAGAACAGCGCAAGAGCAUUGAUUGUUUCGACAAGUGGAUCCAGGAAUGUAGAGUCUGA